UGAAAACCUUUCAAACAAGAUUUUUUGUCUUCUCUACCACAUUGAUAUAAAAUGGUGAGGGCUAUGGCACCUGAACACUCUUUACUUACUCCUCUUAAUGGUGUACAGAAAGAUGUAUUGGAAGCCUCUGCAAAAAUGGUUGAUGUACAAAUGCAGGUGGAUAAUUCUUUCCCUGAGCUAAUUGAACGACUAAAAAUGGGUGGAGCAACUUUACCAACUGUCAGUGGCUUAAAUGAUCAAGACUAUCCUGGUGUUUCCGAAUUGAGUAUCAGUCUUCAUAAUUUGACUCAAUUAUCAACAGUGAAGAGAAUACCACUGCCUCCUGAACUUGUUGAACAGUUUAGCCUUAUGCAAAGCAACUGUCAAAUGGGCCUCUUUCCAGACAUUGGAAGGGCAUGGUUAACAAUUGACAGCAAUAUCUUCAUUUGGUCUUUUCAUGAUGGAAGUGACUUAGCAUAUCAUGAUGGCCUGAAUGAAACUAUAUUAUGCGUUGGUCUAGUAAAGCCUAAGAAAGAUAUAUUUGUAAACUCCAUCCGUUAUUUGCUGUGUUUAACUACUCCUGUAGAAAUUGUUGUAUUUGGGGUUGAAUUUUCAAGGCAAAAUAAAAAUUCGUCAAUAUAUGAAGAAAUACAUCUUAUGCCAGAACCUUUAUUUUCUUAUCCGACCGAUAAUGUUCACAUGUGCACUUUUCAAGGUACUGAUGAUGGACGCAUAUUCCUGGGUGGUAAAGAUGGUUCUAUAUAUGAGUUUUCUUAUCAAGCUCAGGACAGCUGGUUUAGUCGAAAAUGUCGAAAAAUUAAUCAUUCAAGCAGCUCUCUUUCAUUUUUGGUGCCUACAUUUUUAAGUUUAGCUUUUUCAGAAGAUGAUGCUAUUCUUCAAAUUGCAGUUGAUAACAGCAGGCAUAUACUUUAUGCUCGACUUGAAAAGGGAUCCAUACAGGUUUAUGAUCUUGGAAAAGAUGGAAAACAAAUGAGUAAAGUUCAUACGUUAUAUCAACACGCUAUUGUUCAACAAGCUUCUGAGGUUGCACGAACAAUUGAUAAGAAGAAUUUCUACCCUGUUGUUCACAUUAGUGCUGUGGAAGCUCAUGAGUCCAAACAUGUUCAUCUUGUUGCUGUUACUCAGUCAGGUGUUCGAUUAUACUUCACAACUAACGGAAGUUUUGGUGAUAGUAGACCAUACACAUUAGCUUUACUUCAUGUGAGGCUACCACCAGGUUUUACUGCAAAUGCUGCAGUUGCAAGACCAUCAAAUGUACACAUGGCAUAUUAUAAGAAAGGUUUCCUGUUAUUGGCUUCAUCUCAAGCGGAAGAUAAUGAUGUUAUUUUUGCUACAAGCAAUGAUUCUUUUGCUUUUUAUUCACAGCUAAUAGAAACUCAUACUACAAUGAUGUUAGAUGGCCAUGCUUGGGCCUUAGCUGAAGUUCCUAGCGAUAUACAGUUAAAGCAGAGCACCGCUAGCACUGAAAUGAUUUGUGAUCCUCCAGUGUUAGUUACACAACACAGGGAGCUACCAAGACAAUUUGUUUUUCUUUCUUCACAGGGUUUUGUGUUAAGAAAACCAAGACCUGUAGAUCAUCUUUACAAGCUGCUCCUUGAUAACAAAGGUGCUGAUAAUGAAGCUGUGAAGGCAUUUUUUAUGUUUGAUAAGGAUGCACAAGCAUGUGCCAUGUGUCUUAUCUUAGCAUGUUGCCAAAAUUUACAAGAAAAACAGAUUGCUGAAUGGGCCACUCAAGCAUUUUUCUUGUAUGGAGGAGAACCUCAACAUAACAUAAUGACAAUAGGCGAUUCUCCUUUAAGUCCAUCGGAAUCUCAAAUGACGUUUUCACGACCAAGCAGUCCUAUGCCACCAGUCUGGGUCAGCACUCCUCAGAACCAGCAACGUGUAGCGAAUUUUCCACAACCACAGUUUUCAAAUAUAUUUAGUCCUGUUCAGUCUGCAGCUACGCCACAACCUCAACAACAGUUGCCAAGUGGAGGCUUGGUGUCACAGCAGUUGUCAACUACUGGGGUUUCAUCACCUACUUCAGAAAUAUUGUAUUCUGGAAAACAUAAUGGUCUUUAUUUGUAUUUUUCCAGAAUAAUCCGACCGUUAUGGAACAUGAAAUUAGUUUCUGAGAAAACUUCUGUGUUUGAAGACUCCAAAGUUACAUUUCUUGUCAGCAAUGUCGAGCCCGAACCGCUUUCUAUAUUUCUUCAGGAAUUAUUGUCACUAAAGCAAUUUUUGCAGAAAAAUAAUCAAUCGUUCUUGACACCAGCUAUCUCUAACUUAGCAAAAAAUGUUGGCGCAACUCGACUGCUCUCCAAAAAUCUUCACAGUUCCUCAGUUGAUGUGGCAGCUAUUGCUUCUCCAUACCAAAGAAAAUCCCAAAAUGAUGCAGAAGUUCAAGAAAGAAUAUCAAUGUCAAAUUUCACUCAGCUGGUAAAUUAUACAUAUGAAAUGCUAGCUCUCUGGAAGUUAUUAUUAGAGCAUCCAUUCCAAUCUGCUGUCUCCUUUUUGCCACAGGAACAGCUGGAUCUUAUGAAGCUUCUAACGUUCAAAGAAUUUAUUAUUGAUGGGCGAGAGUUAUCUACUGCUUUGACGAAUUCAUUAAUUAAUUAUUACUUAGAAGAUAUUGCAAGCACUAGUGCAAUUAGCCAACGCUUACGAGAAUUGUGCCCGACCAUAUACAGAAUAGAAGAUGCUACUGUGUCACGAGCUCAUGAGAUUGUUCUCAAUGCCAAAAAUAUAGUGAAUAAAGCUGAAAAAGAAAAAGAAUUAAUUGAAGCUUUAAAACUGUGCAAAUCUAUUGCUCCUAAUGUUGAUCUGGGGUUGAUGUGCAACCUAUUUCGUGGUGCCGGAUUUUACAAUGGCAUUGUCGAUCUUUGUCUUUGCUGUGCUCAGAGGCGAGACCCUCAGGGAUUGGCUUUGCAUUAUUAUAAAAAUGGAGAACCUCAAGAUGACCAGCAAGGCAUGCAAGCAUUCAUUAAUCGCAUGAAGUGCUACAAGAAUGUUAUUGAAGCAAUUAAGGAUUUGAUGUUGCUUAGUAUGUCUCAUCCACAAUCACCUAGCAUUCCUAAAGUUCCGGGUCCUCCACCAUCCAGAGAUCCAAAUCUUCUAGCUCCUGAAGAAGCUAAAGUUUAUUCGGAAGAAAUUUUCAACAUGGCCUUAAAAACUGAUGAUGAACUGUUUCAUGUUGCCUUGUAUGAUUGGUUGAUUGAAAACAAUCAGACAGAUACCCUCCUAUUUAUUAAGUCACAUUUCUUGGAAGAUUACUUAAAGAGGUGUACUACACUUCGUCCAGAUAACUCCUAUAUAUUAGAUUUGUUAUGGAAAUAUUAUGAGAAGAACCAAAAUUUUUCUGCUGCAUCAAGAGUUUUAGCUAAAUUAGCUGAAAAACAUGGAGUUGAUAUGACUUUAGUUCAAAGGAUAGAAUAUUUAUCUCGAGCCAUUAUGUGUGUCAAAGGUUCAGAAAUGAGAAUUUCUGCCAGUGGUGAAGGAGAGUUUCUGCAUGAACUAGAGGAAAAAAUGGAAGUUGCUAGAAUACAAUUGCAGAUACUAGAAGCUGUUGAACAGAAGAAAAUGUGUUUAAAACAGAGGAAAGUACUAUCUCGUGCAGAUAACGCAAUUGAUGACGCUAUUGCAAGAUUGAACAACAACUUUCUGGAUAUUCAAAGAUUAUAUGAAGAUUUUGCUCUUGUAUUUGAUUUACCUGAAAGUCAGUUGGCCAUUGUACAGUGUGGAGGUCUUUAUGAUCCAGCUCUGAUAGACUCUUUGUGGAAAAAUAUCAUUGAUACAGAAGUUAUAGCUACACUUGGCAAUGAACCUGACACAAGAGUUAAACUUUUGCAACAGAAGUUAAUUUCAAUCAGUCAAGCUUAUAUUGGCUCAGACAAGUAUUUCCCAUUAGCUUUUAUUAUCAAAUACUUGGAACUGAAGACAUGUGCUCUAAAUUUCAAUCCUUGUUGGGUGUUUGAAACCAUAUUGUCUCUUGGAGUUUCUAUUGUAGAGCUGAUGAAAAUUUACCAUAACUUGUAUCGAAGUAAAGACUCAUGUUGGACAACAAGCGGAAAGCCUUUGCAUUUACUGUCGGUCUUAGUUUUGUUAAUUGGUCACUUUACAGAUAAUCCAACCUCUGUGCCUGUUAAUGAAAGGCGAACAUUUACAGCAUUUUGCCUGGAUGUGAUAUCUGGUUAUUUAGUAGAUCUACAAGCAAUGGAUACUUCAAUUGCAAAUGUUCCCAUUCUUAUGAGAGAAUUCAAAGCUGUUCAGCGCAAACUUGAAAGACUACCAUAGUGUAAAUAUAAUGAACUUAUAUACAAUCCAAUUGACAUGAAUGGCCAUAAUAUUUGAAAAUAGUGAUUGUUAACAAUAAAUAUGACCAUUG